AUGCCGAAAGCGACAAAUACGGCGAGUAUGGGACGCCUUGGCCUGGCGCCCAACACUUACGUGCCGGUUCCAGGCCAGUCGGGCAACGGGGCAAGCGACUCGCGGGCAGCAAAAAGAAUCAAGACAUCCGACGGCGCCUCCAGAUCGUCAACACCACCUGCAAAGAAGCCGACCCCAAGCAGAGGGAUACCGCCGGCAGCGCAAGCCGCGACACUGGGCAAGUACAAGCUCAACGCCUGGGCAGCGGAAUCCCGUGCGGCAGUACCUCCUCCAAGUGCCACACCGAAGCCCAGCGCUACCAAUGCCAACAAAGCUCCAUCCGUUCAGGAUAUCAACAAGGCGCUAAAGACGAAUGCUGCGCCUAUGCUCAACGGUGUCAGGACAUCCAGUCCACGCGCGCUUCACAUAGGUCGCCGGCCAGGUAGCAGCUCAGGUCCAGUCAGUGCAGCACCACCGACACGAGAGACACCGCGAAUGUCACAGGCACCGGCCAUUCGACAACAACAAUCCCGUGAAGCGACUGCAUACAAUGGAGCGAGUGCGGGCAUGCCAACUAGAGGCCCAGGAAGACCGCGCAGCCGCCCUUCGCCAGGUGCAGGUAACGUCCCGUCAAGGCCGAACUACUUCGCGGGCCCUGCGAAGGAGCAGAUUCCAGAUGAAGAUGGAGAUAGCGUCAUGUCCGAUGUCUCGUCCUCAGCAGACUCUGUGCCGCAGCAGCCAUCGGACAAGGUAAAGAGCGAAAACGUCCACCACGGUCUCGGACCAGCAGUCGCUGCAUUUCACUCAUCCACUCUCCCAAAGGGCACGGAUGUACCUGCACCGCCACCUUCCACUGGACGCAAGAAAACCAUGAAUCCGUUCGAUACGGCCCAAGACAACUACCUCAUCUUUCUGAAGGAGGUCAAGCAGUACACAUGGGCGCAAAUCACGGCAGAGUAUAACAAGGACAUGCCGCACCGUCCAUACGCAGCACUUCAGUCUCGGUAUUCAACCUUCCUCAACAAGAGAGACCGAUCUCAGGAUCCCUCCACGUUAAUACUACCCCCUCGGUGGGCUGCAGAAGCGACUGUUGACUGGAACGUCAUCCGUAGUACCAUCGCUCCAUCCAGAGGGCCGAGGAACAACCUGUCUGCUUCGCAACCUCACCAACCUAAACGCCAGGAGCAGGCAGUCCCCAAACACCUACCAGUUCAACCGACCAUCGAACACGAUUACUCCUCAGGGGGUGACUCUGCACCUCGGCGAGAGCGAUCCCGCAGGACACAGCGAGUCAAUUACACAUGGCCGAAGCAGCGGGGUGUUCCGGCAGCUGGGAUCGAAGAGGAGUUCAUGGAAGACAACUACGAAGCCUUCGCGGACGAUUUUGGUCACGCUCGGUCAGAGACGUCUCCAGAGGACGACAUUCCUCUGCCUAGUAAGGCGAUCGCCGUCGAGAACGAGCCGGUAGACGUUCAUUUCAAUGCAGAUGAUGCUGAAAUAGGAUUGAGUCUCCGACGUACGAAGUCGCGCAAGGAAACGACCAAGAAAGUGCCAUAUCUCAGCACUUCGCAACGCCUGUCGGUACAAAACCCGCCUGCUGGGGACUGGGACCAGUUGUCUAGUCGCGAUUGGCAAGGAACUCUAGUACAUGUCGAUUUUAGCCCAGACGAGAUCGCUUCGGUAGAGAAGGCUAUUGCAUUAACGAGAAGAACCAUACCCAAAAUAUCACGGCACCGCACAAAAGGAAGGCAGCUGCGCGAAAACUUGAAUGCCUUUACAGAACCGCAGAUCCUUCGACUGAUCGAAAGCCUCCUUCAUCGUUUGCCCUGCCGCGAUCGGAGCAGCAUCCAAGCCUUUAUACAAGAUGCAUUAGCCGGCGAUGUUGCAGAAGUACCGCAAAUACAGAGGCUUGCAGCUGCGCGACCUGACACAGAGAUGCAAUCGACCCAGAAGCAGUCCACAACAUCGAUACUCCGUCAACGUGAACUAGGCCUCCAAUCCAGAAGAGGCUGGCAUAGUGCGUCAAAUCCGCUUACCUACCAGGUCAAGAACAAGUAUAUGGAUACCAUGGGACCGACAGCUUGCUGGACGGGCGCCUCAAGCGACAUCCACACUGUUGCAUGGGCGCCGGACGGUGAGCACUUUGCUGCUGGUGCUGUCGCUGUUGACGACCCAGACUCGAUGCAGUACAAUCGACCGAACAACCUCCUCUUCGGUAGUGCCGUGCAUGGCACAAUCCAUGAAUUAGCAGAGCAUUAUAAGAUUCGCGAGAAGACCGAGACCGGCGCGAACUCAAGCCAUGCUAUGUUCGCCUCCCAAGACCCAAAGCUUUACACUACAGUCAGCUCGGUAGCGUUCUCGAACACCAGUCCGUAUAUGUACUCGUCGGGUUACGACGGACAUAUCGGUAUUUGGAGAACAGACUCAGAGGCAACACAGCCAGUGCUAGUUGCGAAGCUCAACGUGAAAGACCAAAUCGACAUCUUGUCAGUCAACCCUGUGAAAUCCGAUGUCAUAGCAACGGCAGCGAAGGUCUUCAAUGAGAAGGCUAUCAGGGUACUCAAGAUAGACGAAGCCGAGCCACGGAACUUUACCAAAUCGCGCUUUCACUCAAACAAGGCUGUCGCGCGUGCAGAUCUGAGAAUUCUCCCUUCUGCUCUUCAAUUCGAACCAACAUGUGGCGGGCUUCUUCUUGCAGGCUUCGGUGCCAAUUUGAAGGAUACAGGCCUUGAUAUGACUGGCGAUCUCUGCUUGUGGGAUGUCGAAACGCGCACCCCGUACAACAUUCAUGGAUCCAACAAGAACAUCUUCGACGUCACUUUCAAUCCGAACCGCUCCAGCAUGCCACUGUUUGCUGCUGGCUGCGUAGCAACAGGUUCCACUGUCAACCGCGGUACCCGCUCAACUGUCCGCCUCUACGACAUAAGAGAUGACAACGGAAAGGUCUAUGUCUGGGAUGCGCGUAUGCCAGAUGACCCUCUACGCGUCCUCUCUCACGGCAGCUCCCUAAUGCCCCUCCAAGAAGGAAUUAAGCAUGAGAUUACAGACACCGGCAUACGGUUUUUAUCGUGGGGCGAGAAUGCCACUCGGCUUUACUCAGGUUCAUCCGACGGUGUGGUGAAGGUUUGGGACGUUACGCGCGCGGAAGAGAACACCUUCAUCAAGGAUUUGGUCACCACAGAUUCCGGUAUCAUGUCUGCUGCAUUUAGUCCUGAUUACAGUAAACUUGUCGUUGGAGAAGUGAACGGCUCUAUUAACGUACUUGAAGUCGGCAGGGACGAUACCUCUAUCAAGGAUGCAGACAGGCUACGUUAUAUGCCGUACCAGGACGAUGAGCAAGACGACAUUCAGGACGAGGCUGGCGAUAUCACUCGUCUAGCACCCGAGUCCGGUAUUACUGAAGGCAACUAUCUACUGCAGACGCAGCAACUACAAGUCGCGCCUAUGGGAAGUCUACCAAUCCGACAAGUCGUUCAAGGUGUGAACUACGCUGGUCCAUUCGAUGAGGGUGUCGAUGCGCCAUCCCUCCGCGAGCAAGCAAUGCAGUUCCAGCUCGGUCUUACAACGUCGCGAGGCCCUCAGUGUGACAUCCCUGCCUGCAAGGACGACCUCAAUAAAGUCACGAGCGAGGACGUCGGCGAUUCGGGACGAAGCGCAGACCGUAUCCCAGAUGAACUGCGUCGGCAAUGGAAGGCCAUCGACACUAAAGGCGCCAUUAUACCCGGCAAAUCGAAGUGCACGUACUGUGCCCGCCCUGCCCGUCCGUCUACGACAGACAACAGCGACGUUGUUCUAUGUGAGCGCUGUUCUUUUGCUUGCUUCCGUUGCGGAUCCGUCAACCCCAUCGCGCCGGCUACUACAACGCUCAUUUGCGACUCGUGUGCUGGAGUCUGGGACAUUGGCGUCCUCGGCUAUGAGUGCGUUCAGCAGCCGUAUGCUCACAACAGGCACAUGCAGUUGGAUGUCCCAGCGUUGAAGAGGUGGGGCGAAGAAGCUCAUGCAGAUCGGCAGGAUGACUUCGAUACGAAUCACGGCGACGAGAUGAAUGCGCUGACCGAUUACUACCUCUCUUUGGCUAUUGAUCGGCCGGAGAGUCCGCCGUUGUAG